GAAUGUCUUGAAAGUACAGAAACAUGUGACCUUCAACCAAGUCAAGGGGAUCUUUGGCUUUGACGAGUCGUCCAACAUUGGCAAGAUCAUGUUCCCUGCGAUCCAGGCAGCACCAAGCUUCUCGUCUAGUUUCCCAUUUAUUUUCAAGGGGAAGAAGGACGUGCCCUGUCUUAUCCCAUGUGCUAUUGAUCAGGAUCCGUACUUCCGGAUGACUCGCGACGUGGCCCCGAGAAUAGGGUUACAGAAGCCGGCCCUUCUCCACUCGACCUUCUUCCCAGCCCUUGCAGGAGCGAGCACCAAAAUGAGUGCCUCCGAUGAGAACUCCUCCAUAUUCCUUACGGACACGGCAAACCAGAUCAAAAAGAAGAUCAACAAAUAUGCAUUCUCUGGUGGAAGAGAUACAAUUGAGGAGCACCGGGAAAAAGGAGGUGACUGUGAGGUAGAUGUGUCAUACAUGUACCUAACCUUCUUCUUAGAAGAUGAUGAAAAGUUAGAGGAGAUUCGCCAACAGUAUUCCACAGGCAAUAUGCUCACAGGAGAGCUAAAGGCUGAGCUUAUUAAGAUUCUCCAGGCAUUGGUUGCAGAACAUCAAGCCCGAAGAAAAGAAGUGACUGAAGAUCUUGUUAAAGAAUACAUGAAACCCCGGCCUUUAAAUUUCUGAUGGUGUAGACUUGUGCUAGUUUGGCAAUUUUCAGCAGUUUUAUAUUGUUCUGUCCAUUAAGUGGUAAUGUGAAGUCCAGGUGGUUAGGCAGAGACAAGAGUAGUUGAAAAUUUAAUUUGUAUUAUUAAUUAUCUUUCAGCUCAUAUUAGAAAGAAAUUUUAUUUUGUUUUGUUUACAGACUGUUAUGUAUUGUAAUGAUGAUAAUAUAAGACAGUUUGUAAUUCCGCAUAAUUGUCAAAUCUGAAUACCAUAUGAAAUAAAAAGACCAUUACUUUUUUUUUUUUUUUUAUUCCUUUCAAAAUUUAUUUUAUCAUCUUGAAGAUUUUUUUUUCAUAUUUCAUGUAUUUAGCACUUGUUAAGCUUCACAUGGCAUCUAAACUUAUGAUUGCAGAUUGUGUAAAAUAUACAAAUAAAAGAUUCUAAAUCUAGGUUUUUGUAUAACUUUGUUGAUACUGCACUGUGCUAAAUCAUAUUGUUUGACAUUAGAAGAAUAAGUAUUUAAACUAAAUAUAAAGUUUAGAUUUACAGUAUGUUUGAUAAUGCAUCACAAUCAGUUACAUAUGAUUUUGUUAAAGCAUUGUUUUUAGGCAUUACCAAGGUAUUUAAGGUAUUACCAAGACCAUACAAAGAAAGAUCAUUCAUCCAAAUCUGUUGUAAAAGCACCAUACAUGAUCUAUUCUGUUUAUUCGUAUUUGAUAAUUGGGUGCAACAAAUCUUGGCUGGUGUUGCUGUAUGCAAACAGGUGAAGAAUGUGGGUUUAGUAGGAAUAGGGAGUCAUUUUGGUCACCAUGAAAAGAGAGGCAUUAGCUUAAAUAAUGGCUUGCUGCAAGGGAGCUGUGGUCUUGUAGCAUUCAGGCUGCUUUAAAUAUCCUAGCCUGUUUCUCAAUGCCAUUCAUUGGCAUACUGUAAGAAAUUACAUUCAUAAGGAUAAAUCUAAAAUAUAUGUUGAUAUUUCUUAAUUCUCAAAAAGAGGUACAAAAUUGUAAAUAAUAAUUAACUGGGAAAAGGAGAUAAAAAAAAAUUAUGGCAGCAUAGCAGCUGCUUUCCUGGUCCCUCUUGCUUACUGCAAAGGGCACUAAUGUUCUCUGCACUACAAGCAAAUGGUGCGAGUUUUGAGUCUUUCUUUGAGUGGUCUUUGCUGUUAUUUGUAUACCUUUGUUAAGUAGUUUUUAUUUGAUCACUACCCUUUAUCUAAUUUAUGCAAUUAAUGAAUCCAAUAUAUCAAAUUUUACAGUAAUUCAGUAUUAGCUGCUGGUUUCUGCCUUCUCUCCACUUGUGGACUGUGUAAGGGCGCCUCAUAAUUUAAAAAGGUGAAUGUUUGACUUUAUAGUUAUUUAUGACUUUGUAGUACAAACAUCAGUCUUUUA